GUGACGCAGUAAAUGUUGCGAAAGGACCCUCCAAAAAACGGCGGUACGUCAUCGGCUGCCAUUCUUCUACCGGGUUGCGCUCUCUGUCGGUGCAAUUGUAUCAACUUUAAAUCUGAGUCAUCUCAAUUCACACACCGAUUGAGCUGGGCUAAGUGCACUUUUCAACCCCUGGAAAGGCUCGUGGGGAAGCCACCGUGACGACGCAGCCAUGUUUUUGUACAACAUCACACUACAGCGUGCCACUGGCAUCACACAUGCCAUCCAUGGGAACUUUUCAGGAACCAAAAUGCAGGAGAUUGUUGUUUCCAGGGGAAAGAUCCUAGAGUUGUUGAGGCCAGAUGCUAACACAGGAAAGGUGCACACUCUCCUCACUGUGGAAGUGUUUGGUAUCGUACGGUCUUUAAUGGCCUUCCGACUCACAGGAGGAACAAAAGAUUACAUCGUUGUUGGAAGUGACAGUGGUCGUAUCGUUAUAUUGGAAUACCAUCCAUCCAAAAACAUGUUUGAGAAGAUCCACCAGGAAACAUUUGGCAAAAGUGGCUGUCGCCGAAUUGUCCCAGGACAAUUUCUGGCAGUGGACCCCAAAGGCAGAGCAGUCAUGAUAGGAGCAAUAGAGAAGCAGAAGUUGGUUUAUCUGAACAGAGACGCAGCUGCAAGACUCACCAUCUCCUCACCACUGGAAGCCCACAAAGCCAACACAUUAGUCUACCAUGUUGUGGGAGUGGAUGUCGGCUUUGAAAACCCCAUGUUCGCUUGCCUUGAAAUGGAUUACGAGGAAGCAGACAAUGAUCCUACUGGAGAAGCCGCCGCCAACACGCAACAAACGCUCACUUUCUAUGAGCUGGACCUUGGCUUGAAUCACGUUGUCCGCAAGUACAGCGAGGCUUUGGAAGAACAUGGAAACUUUCUGAUCACCGUUCCUGGUGGUUCCGAUGGGCCCAGUGGAGUUCUGAUCUGUUCUGAAAACUACAUCACGUAUAAGAACUUUGGAGACCAGCCUGACAUUCGCUGUCCUAUUCCACGUCGCAGGAACGACCUUGAUGACCCAGAGCGCGGGAUGAUAUUUGUGUGCUCAGCUACCCACAAGACCAAGUCCAUGUUCUUCUUCUUAGCCCAAACAGAGCAAGGAGACAUAUUUAAGGUUACCCUGGAAACCGAUGAAGAAAUGGUCACAGAAAUAAGGCUCAAGUAUUUUGACACGAUCCCUGUGGCUACAGCCAUGUGUGUCCUAAAGACUGGCUUCCUGUUUGUGGCUUCAGAAUUUGGAAAUCAUUACCUUUACCAGAUCGCCCACUUGGGUGACGACGACGAUGAGCCUGAGUUUUCCUCUGCAAUGCCGCUGGAAGAAGGGGACACAUUCUUUUUCCAGCCCCGCCCUCUCAAGAACCUGGUGCUAGUAGAUGAACAGGAGAACUUGUCACCCAUUAUGUCCUGCCAGAUUGCUGAUUUGGCUAAUGAGGAUACACCACAGCUUUACGUGGCCUGCGGACGAGGACCAAAGUCUACAUUAAGGGUUCUUAGACACGGAUUGGAGGUUUCUGAGAUGGCCGUUUCGGAACUGCCUGGUAACCCCAAUGCUGUGUGGACAGUACGCAGACAUAUUGAAGAUGAAUUUGACGCCUACAUCAUUGUGUCUUUCGUCAACGCUACACUGGUUCUUUCCAUUGGGGAGACCGUAGAGGAGGUGACGGAUUCAGGCUUCUUGGGAACAACGCCCACUCUCUCCUGCUCACUGCUGGGUGAAGAUGCCUUGGUUCAGGUGUACCCAGAUGGUAUCCGUCAUAUCAGAGCAGACAAGCGUGUAAACGAGUGGAAGACCCCUGGCAAGAAGACCAUUGUCCGCUGUGCUGUGAACCAGCGGCAGGUGGUUAUUGCACUCACAGGCGGAGAGCUGGUUUACUUUGAGAUGGACCCGUCUGGCCAGCUGAAUGAGUAUACAGAACGGAAGGAAAUGUCUGCAGAUGUGGUCUGCAUGAGUUUGGCAAACGUCCCUCCAGGUGAACAGCGCUCUCGAUUUCUGGCUGUUGGAUUGGUUGACAACACUGUUCGAAUCAUAUCUUUGGACCCUUCGGAUUGCUUGCAGCCACUGAGUAUGCAGGCCCUGCCGGCCCAGCCAGAGAGUCUUUGUAUUGUUGAAAUGGGAGGGGUUGAGAAACAGGAUGAGAUUGGAGAAAAAGGAACAAUCGGCUUCCUCUACCUCAACAUUGGGCUUCAGAAUGGUGUGCUGCUGAGGACUGUGCUGGACCCAGUAACUGGCGAUCUAUCAGAUACCAGAACUCGUUACUUGGGGUCACGACCUGUCAAGCUUUUCAGAGUCAAGAUGCAGGGCCAGGACGCUGUUUUGGCUAUGUCCAGCCGCUCAUGGCUUAGCUACUCGUAUCAAUCUCGUUUCCAUCUUACACCACUGUCAUACGAGACCCUCGAGUAUGCUUCUGGCUUCGCCUCUGAGCAAUGCCCAGAAGGUAUUGUGGCCAUCUCCACCAACACACUCAGAAUCUUGGCUUUGGAGAAACUAGGCGCUGUCUUCAACCAGGUGGCCUUUCCCUUGCAGUACACUCCCAGGAAGUUUGUGAUCCAUCCAGAGACCAGCCACCUCAUUCUGAUUGAGACUGACCAUAAUGCCUACACAGAAGCGACCAAAGCUCAAAGGAAACAGCAGAUGGCUGAGGAAAUGGUGGAGGCUGCAGGUGAAGAUGAAAGAGAACUGGCUGCUGAGAUGGCAGCUGCCUUCCUCAAUGAAAAUCUUCCAGAAGCCAUCUUUGGUUCACCAAAAGCUGGAGCUGGGCAGUGGGCAUCGCUGGUGCGGCUAAUCAACCCCAUUCAGGGUUUAACUGUGGACCAAGUGCAGUUAGAGCAGAAUGAAGCUGCAUUCAGUGUUGCAGUGUGUCGUUUCCACAACGCAGGAGACGACUGGUACGUUCUGGUUGGUGUGGCCAGAGAUAUGAUCCUCAACCCUCGCUCAGUUGGCGGUGGCUUUAUCUACACUUAUCGUCUCACUGCUGGUGGAGAAAAGCUUGAGUUUGUGCACAAGACGCCAGUAGAGGAUGUGCCUUUGGCAAUUGCUCCAUUCCAAGGACGUGCCCUAGUGGGAGUUGGAAAACUACUGAGAAUCUACGACAUGGGCAAAAAGAAACUGCUCCGCAAGUGUGAGAACAAGCAUGUUCCAAAUCUGGUAACUGGCAUCCACACCAUUGGCCAGCGUGUAAUAGUCUCGGACGUUCAAGAGAGUUUGUUCUGGGUCCGAUACCGGCGCAACGAGAACCAGCUCAUCAUCUUUGCUGAUGACACGUGUCCCCGCUGGGUUACAACAGCCUGUUUAUUGGACUUCGACACUAUGGCCUCCGCUGACAAGUUUGGGAACAUAACCAUUGUGCGGCUUCCUCCCAACACAAGCGAUGAUGUGGAUGAAGAUCCAACGGGGAACAAAGCCUUGUGGGACAGAGGUCUUCUUAACGGAGCCUCACAGAAGGCGGACGUGAUCGUCAACUACCAUGUAGGGGAAACCAUACUGUCGCUGCAGAAAACCACACUGAUCCCUGGAGGUUCUGAGUCCCUGGUCUACACCACCCUGUCUGGAGGGAUCGGCAUUCUGGUCCCCUUUACUUCACAUGAGGACCAUGACUUUUUCCAACAUUUGGAGAUGCACAUGCGCUCGGAGUUCCCCCCGAUGGGCGGCAGAGACCAUCUCAGCUUUAGGUCCUACUACUUCCCAGUCAAGAACGUGAUCGACGGAGACCUGUGUGAGCAGUUCAACAGCAUGGAGCCCCACAAGCAGAAGAGCGUAGCGGAGGAGCUUGACAGGACGCCGCCCGAGGUCUCGAAGAAACUGGAAGACAUUCGUACCCGCUAUGCAUUCUAACUGCGUGACCCAAGAUUCGUCUUUUACCUUUGGAUUUUAAUGAAUCAUGUCGGCGCCUUGCCCCCCUUCAUCUAGGUUGUAGAGACGUCUGUGUGAAUUUCGACCCCCGGUGUUUGUGAUUCAGUCACCAAACACUGAAACAUGGCAGGAAGAUUUGUGUCUUCUUGUAUUUCAGGGCACAAACACCUGUGUUUACAGUGUGUGAAGCGUCCCCUUACACAACUCUUGGAAGCCAACUUUAACCUCCCACUAAUGAGCGCAGCGCAGCUGGUCCACAAUGUACAGACUUUUACAUGCCAACAAGAGGCUCAUCGCCAUUUGUUUUGAUCUCAGCCUAUUUUGGGAGGUAAGUGUUUUAGUUUGGAUAAAUUAUAAUCACAGCAUUAGGAUGAAUGGAAAAUAACCGCCCUACUUGUUUGUCACCUCCUCCGCUCAAAGGAGUGUUGCUGUAUGAUGUGACAUUAAGCAGCGGUUAUACAGACUAAACAAGGUCGGGGGCUGUACACCCAAAGUUGAAAGUGAGUUGUUUUUGUCAUUUCUGUGAAAUCCCCACCUCAGCCACAAGCAGUUACAGCAAUUUCCUGUAGAAACAGACCAUUUUGUGUGGGAUAGCAGUCUGUAUUGUAAAUAAAGUUUUCUACGUGACAAAAUGUUA